AAUAGGUCCGGCAUGUCAUUCUUCGCUGCCAUGGUUUUUCUUUAAGGUAUUUUGACCUCUCUUCCAGUAUCUUUGGUUUUGACGUAUGGAGAGUGUUUAUUGCUUCCGGAACGCUAGGAUAUCCACAGGUUCCAAGCUUGUUGCGAAGGAACUUUAAGUCAAUGAUCAUCUGCAGAAAGCUAUUGGAAGCAGGGCAAUUAAACUAAAGCGAAUGGAAUUACCAGCCGUUUUGUGGAUGGUGAGUCUCUCUUUCUUAAAGUUGACGUUAGCUGAAGAAGUCCCCAGCUAGCCAUACUUCCCAGCUUUAAAUUCGUACUGCGUGGCAGUAGGAGACGCUAACGUGGCUAACAUCAUAUCUCAGCUGUAAAUGAAGAUUGGUAUGGUGUAGUUGGUCUGCCCUACGGUUCCUGUGACAUGUCUUCACCGUCACCGGUACAAAUCAGGGAAGCAAAUGCACAUUUAGCUGCAUUGCAUCGGCGGGUUGCUGAGCUGGAGCAGAGACUCGAAGCAGCUGAGAAAACCGUGCGUGAGCAAGCUGAAAGCCUCAUCCGGAAAGAUGAACAGCUCAGAGCUGCUACUCAAGAAAUAACUGAGGCCAAAGACAGAGAGAUAUCCUACCUCCAUGAAAAACUCUGCCAGUCUGAGGAAACCAUCCAGAAGUUUCAACAUACAGUAAAGGAAAAGGAUGCUCUCAUUGGGCAGCUACAGCAUCGGUGCCAGCUCUUGGAUAACAUCUGCAAAAGUCGCCCAUUGCUGGACAAGAUGCUGUCACACAUGGCAGAAGCUGAGAGAAUGGGACCUGUUGUUGACUUGGGUGAGACUCCCAUCAACUCCUCUCUCACAGAUGGUGAGUCCAGCUGCAGUCCCAACCGUGUAUCCAAUCACAAGGACUUCUCCCUCAGCGAGGAUGACAUGGAUGACCAAGAGCUAGAUGGAGUGGUGUUUGGAACCACUGUUUGAGAAAAAUCCAUUACUUGAUUUCAACAUUAUUCAUGGCAUGCUGAACCUGAAGACCUUUCCAUGAUGUGUCCCAUGGGCAGGCUAAUGCGUCAGAUGGCAUGGCAUGUUCAGAGUCAUUGUUACAAUGUUGGCUGAGGUUUUGGAUUAAUUACCAUAGCGUGUGUUUUGAGAUCUAGCUUUGGUUCUUCCUUUGAAACAAAGAUAAGAAUGUAGAUAGACUAAUGGACCUUUAGUGAAAGGAUGAAGGAACAGACAGGAAUUAAUCAUACAGAUUUAAUUCAGAUAAUAUAUAUAUAUAUAUAUAUAUAUUUGUAAUAUUGUAAUGGUUAAUUGAAUUAUUUGUUUAGUAAAUUGUUUCAAACAGGACACAAUGACAUCAAAGAUACGGCAAGCUGUUGGCAUUCCUGAAAAACUUCUGCCUUGUUGACCAUCAUAGGUAACAAGGGCAGGCAGGUGUGGCAUUCUGUCUAAAAGUUUUGUUUGUAUUGGUUAAUACAGUUGGACCAUGUUGAUUUUUUUGUUGCUAAUUCAAGAGCUUAAUAUCAGAUUUAUUUCUCAGACAGUUUUGGUGACUCAUAGUAUCUAUUUUUAUGUUCACCAUCAGAAUGCAAAAUAACAAGCAAUGUAUUCCAAAACAGUUCAACUUAUAACAGCUUUAAAUGGAUGCAUCACGUUCAAGAGAAGAGUCUUCUCAAAUUUAGUUGACUUUAAACAACUGUGCAAAGUAUAGAAUGUAAUCUACAUGGAGAAAUGUAGAUUUUGGUGUGAAAUUUAAAAAUGGGGUAGCCACUUAGGAUAGUCUUUGAAGUUCUACUGUAUGUUGUAAUCUGCUUUGAAAUCCAUCAUCUGCAAAGCAUUGAAACUUAAGAACACAAUUCAGAUUGCCUUGAUUGAUCCUCUGAUGUCUAAUUCCCCCAUCCAAUCUUUGUUUCCUUGAUACAAAACCGUCUGCACAACUUGAAGUUCCUUUUUCCAGUUAUCUGUUUUGCCAUUACUGGCAUCUAUACCAUUAAUUACAGAAAUGGGAUAUAGGUCACAAUUUGAACUUCUGCAUGUGGUCCUGCCCUUUAUGAAGAAUGCUUCAGUGAAGCAAAUUCUAUGCAAAUUUUAUGUUUGCUUUUUAUCUAUUAAAUUGCUGCGCAUGAUAAGGGCAGUGUUACUAAAACAGCAGUGGUACCUUAAAAAGCUAUUUUUGCAUCUCUUUUCUGAAGGCUGUGUGUAGUGUUCUGUUUGCAGAAGUACAUAUUCAUGUAAUUUCAAAUGUAAUGUCUGGUAUUCUCAUGGUAAAGACUUUGUAGUAGCAAAGUCUGUUCUGUAAAGGAGGCCUAUGGACAGUUUAUGGAGAUGUUACAUGCCUUGAGCUGUUCAGGUGUAGAAUAAAAUCCUUUUCUGGA